AUGCCUGUGCAAUCGAUCAAGAGCGAAGCCCAGUACAAGGAGAUUGUCAGUUUUGGGCUCUCCCAUCGCCCCUAUCCACUCGAAUUUCCAAGAGCAACACGGUGCUGACAAACCUUGAACUACUUCGGCUGCAAACCAGGUUGGUGCCUCGGGCUUGACGGCGAUCCAGUUCAUCGCCCCCUGGGACGAGGCGUCGUAAGUCUAUCACGACUAGUGCCAGUUCACGCAGAACUUGGAGUAGGAAGCGAGCUAAGUCUGUUUCACCUCGACGUGCGGCUCGGCAGAAAAACGCUGGCGCCCAAGUUCGACGGCUAUUCGUCGUCCAAGAACUUUGCCAACGUCAAGUUCUAUAAGGUCGAUAUCAAUGAUCACGAGGUACGACACGCCUGCGACAUCGUAUCAGAUUCCAUGACAUGCGACUUAGUUAUUCUCCCGUCUCUGCAGGAUAUCGGCAUGGCAUCGGGCGUCAAGAACCACACCUUCCGUUUCCUGAAGGACGGCCAAGUCAAGGCCGAGUUCAAGGGCGACAACUAUGCCGCUCUCGAGGCGAGUCGAUGUGCCUAG